CAAUCCACAGUACGAUAUAGUCUUUGAGUUAAAGAUUUAGGUUAGGGCUGAACAAAUUGUUAUUGCGUAUCAGAAUUUAUUCGCGAUUAUUAUAGAUCAGUAGAUAUACAUCGUAGAUUAUUUUGUAUUAACAAAGAAUUAAAAUGUUGCGAGUUGGAUUAAGAAUGCGUACUGCUCUAGGAAGCAGAGCUUUUGCAAAUGCACCGGCUCAAGAACAAGCAGUCUCAACUGCUUUCAAAGUGCAAGAUCCAAAAGAUUUUAAUGAUCGUGUUAAAAACUCUAAAGUUCCUGUGAUUGUUGAUUUUUUUGCAACGUGGUGUAAUCCGUGUCGCAUGCUCACUCCUCGUAUAGAAUCAGUAAUUGCAGAAAAACAAGGAAAAGUUUUAUUAGCAAAAGUUGAUAUUGAUGAGAACAGCGAUCUUGCUUUAGAUUAUGAGGUUGGAUCUGUUCCAGUCCUCAUUGCAAUGAAGGAUGGAAAGGUUUUAGAUAGAAUUGUUGGUCUCCAAGAUGUAGAUAAACUUAAACAAUUUGUAGAUAAGUAUUCAGAAUAAUGUAAUCUAUUUUAAUUGUACUUUUGUUAUAUAGAAACCCUGUAGUUAUUGGGGUGUUUGUAUAAUAUCAUACUAUGAUAAGUAUAUAAUGCAACAUAGAAUUUUUUAAUUAUAUAUACCUUAAACU